UAACCUUGACAUCGGAAAACCCUUAACCAGUUAACAUAUCCAAUCAUCAUGACUGUUUACAAUUAAUAUAUUAAUAUUUCUACUCACUAAAAGCAGCAUUGUGAAGAUUGAAGUUAGAAACAAUGGAAUUUUUACAGUAUAUUUUUAUAGUUAUUGUGAUGUUAUAUAACUCUGUUGGAGUAUCAUCAGAAAGUUGUCAACCCAUUGUGGAUUCUUUAAGGAAAUAUGGAUAUGUUUACACUUACAAUGGCAUCUGUUAUGUGUUUUUGAACCAUGAAAAAACUUGGGUUGAUGCUCGGCAUAGAUGCGAGGCAUGGGGAGGGGAUUUAGUGCAUAUACCAGAUCGAGGCACCAUGAAUUUUAUAAAAGGAGUAAUGGAUAAUCAGCUUCGUUGGAGAAAUAAUGGUGUGUGGAUAGGACUACAUAACAGAGGAUCUGGUGGAUGGCGUUGGACUACAGGUCAACCACAGACCUUCAACUACUGGGAUUCAGGACAACCUAGUAAAACUUUUGGAUUUAUUUCUUUUGAGGACUGUGCCUGUAUGAGGAGAGGGGACGGCUGGCGGUGGCAUGAUUACAUGUGUGAUAACGGAAUGUUUACAUACAAAUACAUCUGUCAGUUCCGUAUGUUACCUACAACAACAACUACAACAACUACAACCACAGCUAAACCAACCACCACCACCAUCACCACCACCACCAAAACAUCAACCAGUAUUGCAAGUUCUAGUACGGUGACAAGCGACAGUGUCAUGAACUUAUUUAAUCCUGUAUAUAACAAACCUACGGAGACCUCCACUGCCAAUACGGUUAAUGAUGUUAUUAUUAAAGGAUAUCCUGCAGAUUCAUCAAUAGGAAUCCAGGUUGCCAAAAAUAUAGAGAGGUCUCGCCAAGGUGAAGGUCUCAGUGAUGGCAGCAAAGGUGUUAUAAUAGGCCUAGUACUGGGUGGAUUUAUAGUUCUAGUUAUAGUGUGUAUGGGAUUUAUCCUGUUUAGAAGAAGGAGGAAAAGGAAGCGUGAAUCAGAUAACUUGGUCGUACAAUUUGAGAAUACAGACUACAUGCAGGGGUACACACAGGGUUACUCACCAGUGUCACAGAAUGAAGCAAAUGGCCACGUACCAAAUGGAACAAGACCAGAAAGUCACAUAUAUAUGGACACUAAUGAAAGGAAUAGAUUGUAUGAACAGAUGACGAAAGAAGUUGACCAUGGCGUCAAUAAUUAUGAUAAACUUAAACCUAAAGGAGCAUGUGCUGAGGCCACACAAGGGUACACUGACGAAUGUGAGGAAAGUGACAUUAAAAAAGAAAGAGUUAAUCUUCCUGAAGAAUCAGAUGGGUCUAAACUAAAUAAUGAUAAUGAAUAUAUUGAUAUGGCGGCAAACAGGCCAAAACUUACAAACUUGGAGGCAAAUACAAGACGUGUGGAAAAACAGAAUAAUUUACAACAAAGUCAGCCAUUAUACAGCAAUGAGAACUUCCAUAGAGAAAGAUUACAGACUCCCACCGAAGAUGAGUUGGAGAUCCUUGAUUAUGAAGAGAGCACACCAUUAGAUAAUGGGCAAUUAAAAGUGCUUGAUUACGAGGAGAGUACAACUAAAAAUGUUGACCCAUUAUACGAUACAAUUCAUUAAGGAAGACUUUUAUAGCAGAGACAUAAAUAUGGUCAAUUUCUUAAAGUAUUAAGGGGUGAAACUUGCCAAAAACUACACAGAUGUAAUAGAUAACAGAAUUCCCACCCAAAGAAAUAUGCAUAUUCAUAUAUAUCAUAAAAGCUGAUGUUAUUUAUGUUUAGAUAUUGGAGAAAAAUGACAUCAUAGCAAUGCGCUUCAAGUUCAGAAUAAGAUAUUGAAAGAAAAUUAGGAUUUUCAUUUCAGUCAAAAUGUAGUUUAUGAAUAUUACAUUUAGUGCACACAAGCAAGACUUUUUCUGUGUAAUUCCUUCAGAAAGGCGCUAAAUAUAUAGGCCAAAAAAGGGAUAUCUGUGAUGUGCUUGAAAUCACUUUCUAUCAAUCAUUGAGUUUUUUUCAGUGUACAUUUUGUAUUUAGAAUACACAAGAAUGUUAAGCAUAGCUUUGUAUUACAAACCAUUUGAUUUAAAAUUUAUGUAUGCCAAAUUUAAAAAUACAGGUAUAGAAUGUAAAAAUGUAUCUGGAAGGCUUUUCUUGGACUUUUGUUUCAUUCCUUGUCUUUGAUAUUACAGGUUGUCAAGUGAAACACAAAUUAUUUAAACAAGAUUGAUUAUACAAGAAACAUUACUGUAUAAUUCAUGCACUAACUGGAAAUCAGAUCUGUGUGACCCUGAUUGUUAGACAUAUUUUGUGACCCUGAUUGUUAGACAUAUUUCCCCAUUACUUACUAAAUAUCCAAAGUAACAAAUAUUCCUACGCAUUUUAUCUGAUUGGAAUGAAGAUCUUUUGUGUGCAUCUUUUUCUAACAAGGAUUUGAAAGAAUUUUAAAGGUAUGUAAUAUUACAGUAGAUUCCUAUGAACAUGAACAAUACUUCCGAACAGAAAGUACAAUGGAGCUUUGUCAGAUGUCACAUGAUCUAUAUUUUGAUCAGAUUACGACACUGCAUGUUGUUAUAUGUAGGUUGUCAACCUAUUUUAUUUUACACUUCAUGUUGUGGUUUAUACUGUUGUAUUGUUAUUUGUCAGUUGACCUCAUGUUGUUUUGCAUUUACAGUUAAUAACUUUUAAAGUGGCAUUCAUAAAUGCAUUGUUUUUUAAUUGUGUAUGUUAGUUAAUAAAAUAUCAAAGAAAUUGUUGGUAAAAUAACUUUUAAAGUGGCAUUGAUAUAAGCAUUUUUUUAAUUGUGUAUGUUGUUUAUAAAAAAAUCAAAGAAAUUAUCGGUAGAAAGUAAUUAUUAUUUUCUGUUUAAAUCAGUGCGGUUAAACUAAAUUUGAAUGCAUGUUUCACUUCACUGAUAUAUCACAUAAAAUCUGGUUAAACCCCAUCAGGGGUCACAUGCAAAUUACCUCAAGUUAACAAAUCAGUUUUAUUUUCUUUAAUAUUGAUGGUCCCUGUCUUUGGUCAGAUUAUGAUCUAUAAAAAUUGUUUUACAUUGUGUAUGUAUAUAUGUAUAUAGACUAUAAAUUCAUUGUAGAAAAGUAAAUACACAUUCCUGUAUACAUUGUGUAUAGUGCUAAAAUGUGUAUAAUAUGUAAUGUAAAUUUUGUCUUAUCUGACAUGUUUCCACAAAGUCUUUUCUUUAUAAAAAAAAUAUGUGUUAGUAUUAGAUAGUUAUGUAGCACUUUCAAAGUAAAUAUUAUUACUGUAACUUCAGAAUUUAUUACAUGCAUUUAUCAUUGCGAUUUUUGAAGAAUGGACAAAAAUGCUAGAUUAGUUAUUGUGAUUUCUGAAAAAUCUGCAUGCAAAUAGAUAUAUGUCAUGUAUGUAUCAGAUAUCAGAAUGCCAAGUUGCAUUAUUCACAUUAAUAAAAACAUUGCAAUAAUUUCUGAAUUUACAGUUGUUGAACCUAAAUAGUAAUCUCAUUUGCCAUGAAGUUUGUGAAUUAAAAUGUUUUUUAUUCACUAAAUCAGCAAAUUUAUUUUAAUCCAACUCUGUUUUAAGAUAUAAAGAAAAUUUAAAGUGACCCAAUAGCAAUAAUAAUAUAGCAACAAAUCUUCUAUCUUUAAUAAACAUUUAUUGACUAAUAAAACUAUGACACAUAUUAUUCUGUCAAAAGCACCUUGAUAAAUUUAAUUAUACUAUUUUUGCUGCUCUCUGAAUGAAGUUUUUGUCAAACUGAUCUCCAAAAUUUGUUUUGUUUUGAAGUAGAAUAUUUUAGCAAUAUUAAUUAUAAAAAAGUAUGAAGAUGAUGUUUGUAUAGAUUUAGGUGUUUUGAUUUUUGUAAUAUGGUAAUACAGUUGUCCUAUUUACAGAUUGGAGUAAGUGUGUACACCAAGUAAGGACUAUGACACAUGUAUAAAGCCUUCCAUCAGUGUUAGUUUGUUUCUAGUUGUAUUUAUUGAUUUUUUUUUUUAACUUUGUGCAAUAUUUUAUAUAGUUGUAUAGAAGAUUUUUAAUGUUGAUUAAACUAAACUUUAUUUUUGAAGCAAUUGUCCAGUAUCAUAAAUAAAAUUAGCUUGUUUACCCCUCUUAAUUAAACACUGCUUAAAAAAAUAAGCUUUUUAACCCCUUUUAAUUAAACACUGCUGAAAAAACAAGUUAAAAAAAGUAUUGAGUUAGAAGUUUUUAUCAUAAAAUGUACAAGAAAAAAAUGAUAUCAAAGGGCAGAUAAUUCCAAUAUUAUCUAUUUCUUUUUUCGCAACUAUUUCUGAUAUAUACACACAACAAUGUCAUUCUUGUAUAUAUCAUUUUAGAUGUUCCCAUGUCAUUGUGUAUUAAUCAGAUCAUUUAUUCAUUUGAUUAUUGUUUUAAAAACAAUCAAUUUAUAUGUGUGUGUGCAUGUGAAGAUAUUGUUAAAACAAAAUUAGAAUGGGAUGUACUACAUAAAAUGUAGCAUUAAGGUAAGCCUUAAAUAUUACAGUAAUAGUACUUUAAAGUAAGUUGAUUGUAGUUAGUACUGAAUUUUGAUGUCAGAGAUAAGUUUUCAAGCAAUUGAAUUGUUUAAUUUUAUGCAUUGACAUUUGUGUUCAGAAUUAGAUUUCCCUGGAAAUGCAGGCACAGAUUACCCUUGUUCAUGUGAUUAAUGUAUUUCUAUUAAAAUGAUUUUUUGUCGAGCCUUCGACUUUAGUCGAAAAAGCGAGACAUAGCGAUCCUACAUUCCGUCGGCGUCGUCGGCGGUGGCGGCGGCGGCGGCGUCCACAAAUAUUCACUCUGUGGUUAAAGUUUUUGAAAUUUUAAUAACUUUCUUAAACUAUCCUGGAUUUCUACCAAACUUGGACAGAAGCUUGUUUAUGAUCAUGAGAUAGUAUCCAGAAGUAAAUUUUGUAAAAAUAAAAUUCCAUUUUUUCCGUAUUUUACUUAUAAAUGGACUUAGUUUUUCUGCCGGGAAAUAUUACAUUCACUCUGUGGUUAAAGUUUUUAAAAUUUUAAUAACUUUCUUAAACUGUCCUAAGUUUGUACCAGACUUGGAGAGAAGCUUGUUUAUGAUCAUAAGAUAGUAUCCAGAAGUAAAUUUUGUAAAAAAAUAAAUCUAUUUUUGCUUUAUUAUACUUUUAAAUGGACUUAGAUUUUCUGCCAGGAAACAACACAUUCACUCUGUGGUUAAAGUUUUAAAAAUUUUAAUAACUUUCUUAUACUAUUUUGGAUUUGUACCAAACUUGGACAGAAGCUUGUUUAUGAUCAAAAGCUAGUAUCUAGAAGGAAAUUUUGUAAAAAAAUAAAUCCAUUUUUUCCGUAUUUUACUUUUAAAUGGACUUAGAUUUUCUGCCAGGAAACAACACAUUAACUCUGUGGUUUAAUUUUUUAAAAUUUUAAUAACUUUCUUCUACUAUUUUGGAUUUGUAUCAAACUUGGACAGAAGCUUGUUUAUGAUCAAAUGCUAGUAUCUAGAAGGAAAUUUUGUUUUCUUCCAGUUAACAUUCCAUUCAGCAUGUUCAGUCUGCAGUUAAAGUUUUUAAACAUUUAUUAGAUUCAUAAACUAUCCUGGAUUUUUACCAAACUUGGACAGAAGCUUCUUACAAUCAAAAGAUAGUAUCAAAAGGAAUAUUUUUUUAUUGAUUUACUUCCUCAUUUUUGUUGAGCCUGUGAUUAACAGAAAAAGUAGGCGAGACACUGGGUUCCGUGGAACCCUUACGAAUUUUUUUUUUUAGAAAACACUUUAAAAUAGAGUCUAUGUUGGGUUGUAUACACGAAAAAUCCACCUGUAUAUAUAAACUUAUCUGUAUAUUUCAAAUGAAUAACCACCACUGAGAACGUUUCUCUAAAAUCUACUUUUAUUAAACAAACAAAAAUUAUGUGCCAAAAUCCUUUCAAAUAAUACCUUUUAAUAAAACCUUGUUUUUCAAUACCAUAGUUUAAUUUACCACAAGAAUGUAUGGGAAAAUCCUGUAAUUGAUAUAUUAGGAAAAUACAGUAUUUAUAUUUGUUAUAAUAUCAUCAAAUAUUAGUAACAAAUAUUGGUCUUUAGUGAUAAGUUAAAACUCUUACAAUGCAAGAUCAAGAUGUCCCCUAGUAUCAGUUUCAUCUGAAAUCUUAGGUAUCAUGUCCUUGAAAAAGGAAUGUAAAAUGUUAAUUGUUUUAAGUAAAUCGAUUAAACUAAGCUUCUUAAAUGGAAUCCCAAUAUCAAGAUUACAACUUACUUUUGAUGUGUUAAUUUGAUUUGAUUCUUAUAAAAUAAAAGGUAAAACUAGUCACAUUUAAUUAUUGAAGCACAUAUAAUGUAUUGUACUUUUUCAUACAUAAAGUUAUACUUUUAAAGAUCCAAUAUGCGAAUUUGUGAAGGGUUCCUCACAUAAGUAGCCUAGUAGAUAGGAUUAUAUUGUGGCCUGAAAUAGUACUUUAAUGUGGCCUUUGAGUGUAACAGGAGGCAUUACUAUUGUAGACCUCGUGAUAGCAAGUCUAGUCAAACAAUAACACCUGUACCCUGCAAGGAUUGGGGGUGAUCCCUGGGGGUAUGUAGUGAUCCCAUUUAUUUAAAUCAUUGAUUUGACUUUUAAUAAGUCAAGAUUCUAUUCAUUGAGUUACUAUAUGUAUUGAUUAUUAAAAAGAGUUUUAAUUAUAUUUUAAAAUUUAAUCAGUUGUAUAAUUCUUUUACAAUCUCUUGUGGUUUUAUUAAUUUUACAAUAAAUAUAUUAUGCAUUUU